UACCCAUAGUAAUUACGGAGUUUCAUAUAAAGGGUUCCCCUGUACAGCUGCACCCUGUGGGCUAUAGCUACUACCAAGACGACCUGAAAGCUCCACGGCGACCUCAAAGCGAGAGAAAACAGAUCAAGAGAGCACUAGUAAUACAUAAAGAGCGGAAGAUGGUGCGUGUUUUUGUCGCGGCCCUCCUUGUGGCGGCUGCAGUCGUGGCGACGGUGAUGAGCGCCCCGCAGGUAGAGAAGAGGGGCCUCCGCGUGGGACACUGGCGGGUGCGCGGCCGACAGAGCCCGUGGAUUCGAUACAUUCUACAGCAAAAGAUGAAAGGCAACCGUAAGAUUGGCAAAAGAAUGCCGGAGAAAGCCGAAGUCGUCCCGAAUGUGGUCAGACCUUCCGGAACCUACGAAGGGAAGCCGAAUGCGACCGACAUCGCCGAAGAUUCCCGACUGAGUGAGUUCCUGCGAAAGCUACUCCCGUUGUUCAACUACCCCGUGGAGCGGGCCAUGCCGCUGGACUCGAUGUACUACGAGCCCGACAACUAGGAUUUGUCGGCGGUCAACUAGUCUCCAAGCAGAUCCUACGGUAGCAUAAAAGCUGUCAGAGGAGUGAAGCCGGUCUUGGAGUGCAUUGAAACAACACGUUUCGCCCGGUAGCGAAAUUAAACACACUUCUAAGCCGGCUUCACUCCUCUGCCAGCUUUUCAUACCAUAGGAUCUGCUUGGAGAUUAGCUGUCAACGAGGCAUUAUUGCCAGGUGCUGUAACGUAGUCACUAUAUGAUCUGGUCAUGUAAGGUUGGAACAAAAUUCGAGAAUGGUUUAAUCAGGAUUGCGUUUAUGUGCCAUCGUAGUUUUCAGAAAUUGGUCUGACCCAAAACCACAACUUUGAAAACCGCUCAUGAAAGCGAAUCGUAUGGGGCAGUUGUAAGAAAGAUAAAUUUUACCCCAUACGUAAUUGUCAGAGU